AGGAGAUGAGGAGAGCCUGCCGAGCAGGAGACAGUGGGGACCCCGAGAUAAACGUCCCUGCUACAGCCUAAACCAGGGGAACUUUGAUUUGACGCCAAGUAGCCCGCCAUGAAAAAUGACAAUGACGAGAAAUAGCCACGUUUCUUGUGUUCCUUCUCCUUCUCGGGAGGCUUAGGUGCGCCGGGCGUACACGCCACAUAUGAUGUCCUUGGACUCACACGCUCACUGAAGAUUCAUUUAUCCCCGGUUUCAGUCUCCACUGCGCUGAUGCUGCCAGCGCUGAGGUGAAUGCAUGUGAAGGCAGCCUGAGCGCAUUGUUUCCAGCUCCGAUGCAUGUGGGAUUUCCAGUCGUGAUGUCUGCAAUAUUUCGCUCUUUGUUUCUGGUUCUACUCAGCCUGUUGUCGGUGGCUGCCCAGACGGACAUGAAGAAGGUUGUUGGGGACAAUGCCACAUUACCAUGCCGCCACCAGUUCCCGUCGUCCGACUCUCUUGACAUCGAGUGGCUACUGCAGAAACCAAAUUCAAAACAGGGAGUGAUUAUUACCUUCUCCGGAGGCCACGUGUACACCAACGAGCCCGCGGGCAGCGAAGCCAGCCGUCUGUCCUUUGCUGGGGAGUACCUGGGCGGAGAUGCCUCCCUGCUGAUCAGUGACCUGCUGCUGACCGACUCUGGGGAAUACUACUGUAAAGUCAAGGUUGGGGGGAAGUACCAAUGGAGCCAGGUCAACCUCAUCGUCCUGGUCAAGCCCUCCAAGCCGAAGUGCUGGAUGGAUGGCAAGCUCCUGGAGGGCAGUGAUGUCAAGCUCAGCUGUAAAUCCAGCGAUGGUUCGGACCCCAUUAGCUACAAGUGGGAGCGAGUCCUGGACAAAGGCAAGAGUCUGGGAAAGCUGCCAAACCUGGCGCUGAUAGAUCUGAAAAAUCCAGAGAUUGUCACCCUGAGGAAUCUCACCAUGGACAGCACAGGCGUCUACAGGUGCACAGCGAGCAAUGACGUGGGAGAGGAAAACUGCACCAUUGAGGUCACAAUGCAGCAUGUGAGGGAUGUGGGGAUGGUGGCGGGCGCAGUAGUGGGAAUAUCCCUCGGUGUUCUCAUUGUCAUAUUAAUCAUCUGGCUCGUCUUCCGGAAGAAAGAGAAAAAGAAGUACGAGGAGGAGGAGACCCCAAAUGAGAUCAGGGAGGAUGCCGAGGCUCCCAAGGCCAAGCUGGUAAAGCCAAACUCCCUGUCCUCAUCCCGCUCCGGCAGCUCGCGCUCCGGCGCCUCCUCCACCCAGUCCAUGGUGCACAACAGCGCCCAGCGCGGCCACCGUCCCCGUCCUCCUGCCAUAGCAGCUCUCAAGGAAAACGGACAACCACCGGGUUUCCCCCAGUCCCCUACAAGUUACACCACAGUGGGGCACCCCAAGACCUCCGAGCCCCCUACGACUCCCAAAUUCAACUCAAGGAACAUGUCUGGGCCCACACCCCCGACCCUCAUGGUCCCCGCCCAGACCAAGGCCUUUCAGACUGUGUAGGACUGAAAGCCGACCCUUUCUGGCAGCCAUGCGAGACUCCCGGCCCUGCCCAAGUCCCCAGACCCCCCCGCCCCCAAAGACUGAAACUCUUCCCUAAACAAAGAAAUGCAACUAGUUAAAAUGAUAUAAUAAAAAGAAUCAAUACUAUAAGUCCAAAAGUACUUUUAAUGAAUGAAUACUUAAAAAGGGAAAAUAAGACAUGCUUGUCUCCUACUGAAAUACAUAAAACAACAAAACGAAAGAAACAGCAGAGGCCUGAGAUGCAUCAUUGUUUGUGUCUCUUGGCAGAAGGCAGAAUUUAUUUUCUGAGCUCUUUCUUUUGGCUUUGAGAGGCACAGAGAAGCACCGUGUGCAUCGAGGUGGAAGACGCCCCCUAGUAGAGCUUUUAUUUAUUUAUCAAAUCAAAGGGUUAGGCAAGCAGCAGAGAGGAAGACUGGGAAAAGAAAAAACAGUUAGGCAAACUCGAUGGAGUCAUACUUCUGUUUUAACCAUCGGUUUUCCAAGAUGAAUACAAGCAUGUCGUAAAAUGCGGGGGGGGGAAUAAGUUCAAGCGUGCGACUGCGACUUAUAUAUUUAUAUGUUCCAUUUUUAAUUAGAGGUCUGGGGUGUGGGGUGAUUCUCUGAUUCAUCUCCCUCUGCACCUCCGACUGGCUGCUUCCAGCACUUGCUCUGAAACCACAAACCACUUUGCCUCCCGUGGGCAGGGGGUGACUGUGCCCAUCCGUGUGGACAGACAUAGUGCGCGGCAUGUGCAUCAUCUGCCUCAGUGCUCUCGGCCUUUUGUGUUCUCAUAAGGAAGCCACGAGAAACCACAGCGGUCCUGAGGCUGACUCAGCUGGCUCGCAAAGAGUUCAUCUGCUUUACCAAUCAGCAGGGGGGAACUUCAGGUACAAGGAUGUAGCAUUGACAGCGAAGUCAAAUCAGUUCCGCUGUUACCUUCCUGCCACGUCCCGUCCACAUCUGUAGACAUCCUUUUUCUGGUACCAAAUAUCUUCCCUUAAAAAUUAUCUAGUAUUUAUUAGGCAUAUAGCGAUACUUUAACUAUAGGUGUAAGCAUUUAUUAGACCAGCUGGACUUUCCUCUCGUUUGCCUCUGUUCUCCUGCGACUCUUUUCCCUGUGUAGGUUGUAAAAGGGUGACAGAAUCAUCCGAUAUUAAGAAGUGCCACCAAUCCAAAGGUUGGAUUAUUAUUGUUGCUUUUAAUAACACUUGAGUUUCCCCAGUCCAUUUCUGAACUGAAGCCAAAAUCUGUCACCAUGAAUGUGAGAAGUACAAAAGUGGUGGAUUACAUUAUUUUCAUCUCCUUUUAAUGUACUGAAUCAAGCUAAGGCACAAAGAAUUGACCGUGACAUUCAAUUUUACAACACUAUGUCUGAAUGAGCAGAACAAGGAGUGUUAUUCUAGAGUACUCAGUGUCUCGGGUGUGUAUGGUAUCAUUGUCAAUACUCUCCUUGGAUGCAUUUGACCCCCGAUUGCUGUCUCGCCAAAUCAUUUGCUUGGUUAAUAGUCCAGCCAUGUUGUCAGCCAGUUCCCCUUUUGUCAAAUCCUCGGACAGACCCAGUGCAGUUUGAUUGAAAGUAGCUGAAAAAAAGGGCAAGUAGCCUAUCUAGUGUGCCUUUGCAACCCCUCCUCCCUGUGAUGCUUUCUUUCUUUGUCCUUAGCUUCAGCACACCAGUGGUUUCUGUUCAGGUGCAGCUUUGAGGGUCAACAGCGGGGAAAUACUCAGAGGCAAAGCUUCAUAAACUUGCCCUAGUAAUAAGAGAUUUAGCCUAGCGAUGACCAAGCAGAGUGAAUGGUGAGUAAGCAAUCCCAAGCCAUGGGACAAUGUACUGUACAUUCUGUAAUCAGUCUUGUUUUAUAUUGUACAUACAGAUAGAUAUAUGCACAUGAUGUCAUUUAAUUUAAUAAUAAGGGUAUGUGAGGGGAGAUUUCCCCUUGCAAACAAAAGUCUAGUGAGAAACCCAGGCUGAACUUAAACCAUAUGUUUUCUUUUGCACAAAUGCUGUGUUCCAGCUGACAUGCCAAUUCCAAUGUCACUUUCACGUGAUAUAAAAACUUAAUGUGAUCUACAGUAUUAAUGAAGAGAAAGAAAAAGAUGACUUGUCUGAGCCAAGCAAAGUGGCAGAUUUUUAGUGCCCUUUGGAGAACUUGUUAAUGUCAAGCAAUAUCUUCAAAGCUGCACUGUGUUCCAGGAAAACACACUCAUUUUUAUGGUAAAUACUGUAAAUGCAUUAUGAAUACUUUUGACAAACCCUAGCUAAAAUUUAGAUUUUUGUACAAUUUACAGACGAGUGACAAAUUGAAGGAAGAAACAGAGCUCUUGGCGGUACUAUUUAGUUCUGCGGCUACUGUUAAAGAUUAAAA